AAACAGCAUGCAACCCCUUCCCUACAAAGAGGGAGGCACAUAGAGUUGCACAGCAUCACCAACAGGAAAACGCCAAGAAAUUGUGUUUUGUUCCGAGAAUUUGCCCAGAAGAAAGCAUAAUCCAAGGAAUACACACUCAAGAAAGGAAAGGAUAAAGCAUGGAGGCACCUCCGACUGAGGUCCACCACUACAGAGACAAGGAGCAGUCUUCCAGUCUGCUUCUGCAGCUCAACAGACUGAGACAGGACAACAUCCUGACUGACGUGUUGCUGUGUUCUGGUACCACUCAAAUCCCCUGCCACCGGGCGGUCCUGGUGUCCAGCAGUCCGUACUUCAGAGCCAUGUUCUGCCACGACUUUGUGGAGAAACAGCAGACCAAGAUUGACCUAAAGGGCAUCUCACCAACUAUUCUGAGCAGCAUCAUCGACUAUGUUUACACCGGACUCGUUAGUCUCAGUAUGGACGUUGUGCUCCCUCUGAUGCAGGUGGCGUCCAUGUUGCAGUACGUCCGUCUUUUUGAGAUCUGCUCAAGUUUCCUUCAGGAGAACCUGAGUCCAGACAACUGUUUAAGCAUGAUAAGACUUUCUGAGAUCAUGAAUUGUAGCAGUUUGAGAGAAAAAGCUAAAGAAAUGGCCAUGAAGAGCUUCUCUGAAGUGUCAGCGUGUGAAGACCUGUGUGAGCUCUCCCUAUCAGAGCUGAUGGGGUACCUGGAUGAUGACAACCUUUGUGCAGAGGAAGAGCAGGUCUUUGAAGCGCUUGUUGCUUGGAUCCACCAUGACCCCAUGUCCAGGCGUGGGACCAUCAGUGACCUUUUCAAAAAGGUUCGCCUUCGACACAUCCACCCAACCUACCUCUUCCAGUUCAUCGCAAAUGACCCUCUGAUCCAGUCCUCCACCCUCUGCACUGAGCUCAUAGAAUCUGUGAGACGCCUCAUGUUCUGCGUCGACUUAAAAUGCAUCCAAAACUUCACGGUUGACUUAUCGCCUCUCUGGCACGCCCCCCGGCGAUACGCCUAUCAGGAAACAUUGGUGGUGAUCGGAGGGAGGAAGAACAGCGAGCAGACCUCGAGGGAGGCUUUAGCCUUCGAUGAGAGCACCCAGAGGUGGAAAUGGCUCGCCAAAGUGCCCGUUCGUCUUUACAAACCGUCUUACGUCGCGCUACACAGCGUCCUGUACGUAAUCGGAGGCCUGACCACAAACACAAAGCACAGCCACGUCAGUAAAACCGUCUACACGCUGUCUCUCAAGAGCAACCAGUGGCGAACUGCAGAGUCUAUGCUGGAGCCGCGCUUUGCCCACCAAAGCAUCUCAUACCUGCACUUCAUCUUUGUCUUGGGGGGUCUCGGACCAGACAGACGACUAACAAGCAGUGUUCAAAGGUACAACAGCAUGUUCAAUCAGUGGGAGUGGAUGGCGCCCAUGCCGGAAGCCGUCCUACACCCUGCAGUUGCUGCUACAAACCAGAGGAUCUAUAUGUUUGGAGGAGAGGAUGCUUUGAAGAACCCUGUCAGACUGAUACAGGUGUAUCACAUCGGCCGGAACAUGUGGUCGAAGAUGGAAAACAGAACAGUGAAGAAUGUGUCCGCUCCUGCUGUUGUUGUGGAUGAAUUAAUCUACAUUGUUGGAGGAUACACCAGGAGAAUGCUCGCCUACGACGCCAGGACUAACCGCUUUACCAUGUGUGCCAACCUGAAGGAGAGGAAGAUGCACCACUCGGCCGUCGUUCUCAACAGCAAACUCUACGUCACCGGCGGGCGCUACCUCACAGGACAAGACGAUGUGGAAGACUCGAACUCCUUUGAGGUCUACGACUCAAAGACAGACUCUUGGACGUCAGCUGGGAGCUUGCCACACAAACUGUUUGACCACGGCUCUGUGACUUUGACGUGUGUCUCAGAGACUCGAGCUAAGCAGAACUGACAGAGGACAAUUUUGUAACAAGAGGCUUGUUACUUAUUUUUAGGGAAUUAGCCAAUGUUUAUGUAAAACAAAGUGUAUUUCAAGUAUUUUCUAUGUUUUUAUCCAUUUUUUUGCACAUUGGGUUUACACCUGCUUGACUUUGGAAACUUUUUUUUAAUUUUAUGACAGUUUUGAAUCAAAAAGUGUCAAGUAGUCAGUGUCCUGGUUGAAUGGUGUAAACUGUUUGGUCUCAGCAGAUAACAGAGUUUCUCCAGUGGAAACUUACUGAAUUGAAUGUGAUAAGACUGCAGAACAAUCUGUAGCUCAUCUGAAAUGGUCUACUGAUGCUUUUGUAUUUUUUACAUGCUUCUUUUUGUACAUAAUAAACAGAAGUUUCUAUCCAACUUCGACCUUG